AAACACAUGAUUUUGGUUGUGAUACCUGUACAAUUUUCUUGGUCGUUUUUCCUAAUAGAUUCAUUUUCAAUACCCUACAGGACUUGAAUACAUGCACUUUAGUAAAUGAUCUUUCAUUUCUAGCAGUAUAUGACGGCAUCCACGCACCAGAUAAUAUAUUUAAAGUAUCAAAUAUUUUGACAUUUGCCUAACCAAUUUCAACAACAUCCGGGCAUUUUAUAGGUGGCGCUUGUAGUUUGUCAAUAGACAAUGACUUUUUGCGGGAAAAAUGAAUAUCAUUUUUCUGAUGAAAAGUAUUUUUAAAAUGAUUUUAUUUGAUUUGCCACACAUAAUUAAUGUAUUGUUUAAGAUAAUUUAAUAGAUGUGAUAUAUUUAGGCUAUACAGAAAAGUUUCGAUUGAUCAGCUUACAGAGCUACCCAUAUUUACAGUGACAUCCAGGUCUGCAGGCUUCAUGACAUCAUAACUGACAGAAGCUACAUAGAUGUGUCUACUUAUCGAAAAAAGAACAACACCUGAAAUUAUGACAUUCGAAUCAACAUAAAUAUUUGAAGAUUAAAUGGACAAUGAACAUGUUUCCCCUUUCUAUGAUUACCUGGCAGGUGCCAUAGCAGAUAUUCAUAAAAUAAAAUGAAUGAGAUGUUGACUGAUAGAUACAUGUGUAUUCAUAAAUGAGUGAUAUGUUUACAAAUGGAUGAUGAGUUGACUUAAGGAUGUUCCCUCUGACAGGUUCUGUGGGCGUGGUCACAGGGCAUCCAUUCGACACAGUGAAGGUUCAGCUCCAAAUCCGACAAGCAAAUUUGGAAGUUGUGUCCCUUAGAGAAUGCUUCCAGGCAGUGAAAAAUCAGAAUUUGGCCAAAGGAUUUUUCCGUGGUCUGUCAUGGCCCAUGCUCUCCUAUGGAGCCAUCAACUCGGUGUUCUUUGGUGUUUAUGGCAGCACCAUGAAGUACCUAGACGCUGAUAUAUCAGGGAGGACUCCUCCGGACUACGCCAAAAUCUGCAUGGCCGGAGGGCUGGGUGGGACAUGUCAGCUGGUCCUAGCAGUGCCCAUUGAUGUGAUAAAGGUGGUGCUGCAGUCCCAGAUACCCCAUGGAACCACCAAAUACCAAGGGAAGUACUAUAAAGGACCAAUAGAGGGAACACGUGACAUCCUUAGGAGUCGCGGGUUGGUUGGAAUGUACAGGGGUCUUCCCACCCAGGCUCUCCGAGAUAUCCCAGCUUCUAUCGCCUACUUCCUCAUCUACGAAUUCCUCAUUUAUCAUGGAGUGAAGAACUUCCCAAACAUAUCAUCCACAUUGCAGAGUUUUGUUUUUGGUGGAGUGGCGGGGGUUGUAAGUUGGGCUCUAAUAAUGCCAUUUGAUGUCAUGAAGAGUCGGAUUCAAGCUGACAGUGACAGGAAGCUGUACUCUGGAUUCUGGGAUUGUGUGGUGAAGAGUUACCGGUCAAAUGGAAUAAAGAUAUUUUUCCGCGGACUUUCAAUGACCAGCUUAAGGGCUUUCCCUGUAAAUGGCAUGACCUUAAUGACACAUAUGGAACUUCUGAAGUUAUUUGGAGAGAAAAAACACCAGCAGUAAUACAAAGAUUAAUUGUUGACGAAUUUCUAUUUUUGUAUAACAUAACAAUUUGAAAUCCAUUGUUGACCACACUAUCUCUUCCAAAGAAGUGUGAUAUCUAUUAUCUAAAA